AUGACCGAGAUUCUGGAAAGCCGUCCGUUUGGCUCACAAUACGCCAAUGUUUACCUCUCUAUUUUUGCUCUCUUCUGUUUCAAGCUCUUCGUCAAGAUCAGCUUGAACAUUCUUACCCAUUUUUACGUCGUCAAGGGUAACCGAAAGGAGGCGGCGAGGAUCGCAGCCGAGUUCUAUGAUUUUGGUCAAGGGCAGAGCUCAUGGGCAGAUCGUUCCCCACUCCAUGAGGCUGCAUGUCAGGGUCGUCUGUUGGCUCUCAAGACUCUUCUUUCACAGGGUUACAAUGCUAGCAUCAUAACUAUCGAUCAUGUGACCCCACUGCAUGAGGCCUGUCUGGGAGACCACGUGGCAUGCGCACGGGCGCUCAUCGAGGCAGGAGCAAACGUAAACGCCACCACCAUCGACGGGGUGACGCCGCUGUUUAACGCCUGCUCGGCUGGCAGCGCCACGUGUACGGAGGUUCUACUGGAGCACGGGGCCAGACCACAGGCUGAGCUUUGCCAACCUUCACCCAUCCAUGAAGCUUCCAGUAAAGGCAGGACAGCAUGUGUGGAGGCCCUUAUUACGUGGGGAGCAGACGUAGAUUUCGACAUUCCCCACUUGGGAACGCCGCUCUACAUUGCCUGCAUUUCCCAGGAGCUGCAGUGCACACGCAUACUUCUCAAUGGAGGGGCCAACGUGCAGAAAGGACGUUUCCUGGACACGCCCCUGCACGCCGCCGCGCAGAAGGACUGCCCGGACAUCAUCAAGGUUCUGCUGGACUUCGGCGCAAACAUUAAUGCUAGAAACCUAGAGCUGAAGAGACCGGCGGAGAUGGCGCCCCCUAGCAGCCGGGCAGAGGGAGUGCUACUCCGACAUGAAGCUACCCCACACUCCCUGUGUCAGCUGUGUCGUUUGAGCAUCAGACAAAUAAUGGGUCGACCCAGACUCCACCUCAUCCCACAACUACGGCUCCCGACACUGCUCAAAGACUAUCUCCAAUACAGAUAGACACAGCACAGCUCUCUC